AUGCUAAACGCUCUCGAGGAACGAGAUGGGACGACAACGAGAUGGGUUGAUGUGUUCGCUACACGGAUGGACCAGCUGGGAGCUCAGCUGGAUACGGCUCAAGGACCUCGUCAACGUGGUGAUAUCGCUAAGACAUUGGUAAAUAAUAAAGAAUUCCACCUGACAACCUCAUGUUGGCUAAAAACUAAGAAGGAGUCAGAGAAGGAGAAACCUGGAAUUCACUCUCGGAUACAACUCAACUUGGAGAUACAACUCGUCGAAUUCUUCAAAUACAUUUCACCUCCUCCAGAUCGUCCAGGUGUUUAG